AUGGAAAAUGAUAUUAAAAUCUUUGAAGAAUCACCAAUGAAUUGUGUUAAUUGUCAAAAGAAAAGUAACAAGAUUUACGACAAUAUAAGUUUAUGUGAAAUUUGUUAUCAAAUAAAUAUACAACAAUUAAAUUUAUCCAAUGCCAAUCUUAAAUAUGAACCGCCAAACUAUAUAAUUGACAACAUAUAUUUAGGAUCACAAAAAUCCGGUGUGGAUAUAAAUAAAUUAUUUGAACUCAAUAUCAGAUAUAUAUUAAUAUUAGGAAAAGGAAUGAAUGGAAAUUUCGAUCAAAUAAUCUAUAAAACAAUCGAAAUCGAUGAUUCAUUAGAACAAAAUAUAUCAAACUACAUUAAAGAAGCAUUGAAUUUUAUUGUUGAAAGUCAAAAAAAUAAUUCAAAUAUAUUAGUCCAUUGUGUUUCUGGUAUUUCUAGAAGUGCUUCUAUAGUAAUAGCUUACAUAAUGGAUAAAUAUAAAAUCAAUUAUGAUGAAGCAUUUUCUUGCGUGAAAACAAAAAGACCAACUAUACGUCCAAAUACGAAUUUUAUUGAGCAAUUAAAUAAUCUUCAAUGA